ACGAGGAGGGAAAUGUUUCUGGAGGGGCAUCAGGAACAAUAUCUGCAUCAACAAGUCCGCUCAGUGCUAGGAUGAGAAAGAGAGCCGGAACAGGACUCAGCGCGUUCCUGACGAAACUCAUGCGUACAGAGACGACCGUCGUCGAGUUGCCGACCCUGACUAUCAAUACAACGACCAUUGAAGAGGCAGCCGUUCCGGCGGAUUCUGACGAGGAUGACGAUGACGAAGAAGAUGAGGACGAUGAUGGCGAGGAAGUCUAUGACAGCGAUGCCGAGGACGAAGGAGAGGAUGUGGAAGGCGUCGAGGACGUUCGCGAGCACAAGGAUCAGAGAGGAGCAACGCCUGCCAACAAAGAGACCGCGGACGAAAAUCGUGUAAAUGCUACUCCACCUCAACAAACGCUCCAUCCCAACGCUGAACUGGACUCAGUUGUAGUCCUUGAUCGAUCCAUACCCUCUCCUUCUCCCCUUUUGAUCAACGCUGCAGAGACCAGGCAGGCCCAGACGACGGCCAGCACUGCAACCCAGGACGCAGUGCAUUCAGCUAUCUGUAAAGACGAUGGCACCGAAGCCGACCCUAGCACCAGUGCGGAACCUCAUAUCAGCCCACGACCCUCGAUUUCUUCGUCGCUGUCAUCCUCAUGGGAUCACAUCACCAGGCGUGAUCUUGAAAAGCAAGUGACGAUUUUGCCGUCGCCAGUGACGACCUCCAAGCGUCGAUCGCCCUAUGGAAGACGUGGUUUGCACGGAGUGCGGUCCAGUACCGGGAGGGCGGCAAAGUCGGCAUCAACGGCUGCCCAGAGGCUGGGUUGGCAACUCUCAACCUUCCUGUCGAAAUUUAUUCGAGGCAUCGGAUCAAAUUCAUCCACCUUUAACACCACCAAGGCUACCCCUAGAACAUCACCUCUGGCUGAGAGGUCUAGUUUUCAGCCCCAAGUACCAGCGAUUGCCACGGAAAUCUCGGGCGUAGAUGACAGGACUGGCGACCAGGAUGGGAGUAGGAUCGAUACACUAAAGAAUGGUUCAUUGUCAGCCAGUACUUCGAUUGCGCAAUUUCAAGGAGAGCCCCUGCAUUCAAAUGCGAACAUGGCAGGACCUUCCACUAAUGCAAGGGGAAUCACCUUGAGCAUGGAGGGAUCUUCAUUGCAGCCGCCAAGGCCAUGCAUAACACCAGCCACGUCGUUGAUGACAAACCCAACAGCAUUCUCUACGCCAGUAUCCUCGCCGGCCCCAUCCACAUCGGCUCCUCGCUUUACAGGAUCGUCGCCGGCAGCUGUUGCGGUCUCAGCAGCAGCAGCGGCCUUUUAUUUGCCGCUGGAAUGUCGACAACGUAUCCACACUCAAGUUCAAGAAGAGGGUCGAGCGAAUGCACCUUACUUAUUUGGACCAGCCAAGGGAUUUGUAGUGGAUGUGGUUCUCCUGGAUCACUAUUAUCCACUGUUUUUGAAGCAUGUUGAACUACAGAAUCUGGGACUCUUGACGCGACACCACCCGAGCAAUGUGAUCAAGCAACGAGGGAUGGUCUGGAUCGGCGUUGCUUUUUGGCUAGGGGUGAUCGGGAUCCAGUUGGCGUUGAUCCUGAUGGGCAUGGGUGGAUGGAAGAGUCCGUGGGUGUGGCUCGUUGGAGUGGUCGGAGGUUGGACGGGAUCGAUUUGUCUUGCGACAGGCAUCAAGGGUUUCUCACCGAUCUUGGGAAUCUUGGGCAAAAUGUGCGAAGACAGACACUUGUUCCGGUUCAGACGGAUCCAGGAGCCGUCGAUUCGAGUUCGUCAUCGAUGGAGGGCGUACUGGAUGCUGAGUUAUUGCAUCUUUUGGUCAACGGUGGUAAUGGUCGUCUUUGCGGCAUUGCCCCAACGAAACGCUGACCGUUGAAUUGUACUUUUAGCAAGAGAGACACGAAGGAAGAAGACGAAAAGGGUUGAGUUCAUACUACAUGGAAGUGCCAUCAACUUUUAAUCCGCAUUCAUCAUAUCAUUUUUACAAUCUCUCCAUGUCAUCUAUUCCAUAGCAUAUCAGUCCAUAAUAAUAUUUGCACAUUGCCAUUUUUACACAGUG